CCUGGAAACUAUGAAAUGGAUGUAAUGUGUAAACCCAGAUCGGUCCUAAAGUUCAUGGGAGGAGUUGUAAUUAAGACUCUGAGCUUCGUUGUCUUCUCUGUACUCGACCUUGUUGAUUUCAUUCUGUGUUUUGCUUACAAAGUGGCUGAUUUUUGCAUUGAAGCCGAGUGGAGGCCUUGUUACCGCUACCCCACUAAAGAAGCCAUCACUAGCAGCGGCGGCAACAAGAUAUUAGUCUCCGAACAAGGGGAGUCCAAGAUUGUUAGCCUCAAUUCGAGCAAGUUGCAGCUCCAGGACAUUUCGGAUACCCUUUAUUCACGUCCUUCACUAGUGACCGAGGUCUCGAAGCUCACCGUCGAUGGGCUAAAGAAACUCAAGUUGGAUGGUACCACCACGAAAACUUGCAAGAAGAUCAAGAAACGGUCGGCGAGAUCAACCUUCACCGUCAACUCCAUCGUUGUGGAAACGCUUCAGGGCAAGAUGGUUGGUCAUAUCCCUACGUGGUCUGAUUGCGAUUGUAAAUUCUGCAAUUCUUGGACGUCUUCUAGUAAAGACACCCUCUUCGUCAAUGCUCAAGGACCAAAGGAUAAUAAAGCACGUGAAGAUGUGAUAUUCAUCCAUGGCUUCAUUUCAUCAUCAGCAUUUUGGACUGAAACUUUAUUCCCCAACUUUUCAAGCACUGCUAAAUCAACUUACAGGUUCUUGGCAGUUGAUCUGCUGGGUUUUGGGAGAAGUCCUAAGCCAGCCGAUUCUCUUUACACCUUAAGUGAGCAUGUGGACAUGAUUGAAAAAUCCGUGCUUGAAGAUUACAAAGUUAAAUCUUUCCACAUUGUGGCUCAUUCCUUAGGCUGCAUCUUAGCCCUUGCUAUAGCUGUUAAACACCCUGGAUCAGUCAAGUCUCUAACACUACUCACACCGCCAUACUAUCCGGUACCAAAGGGUGAAGCAACAACACAAUAUGUUAUGAGAAAAUUAGCGCCACGACGAGUGUGGCCGGUUAUGGCGUUUUGUGCAUCUCUGGCUUGCUGGUACGAGCACAUCAGCAGGACGAUUUGUCUUGUCAUAUGCAAGAAUCAUCGGCUUUGGGAAUUUCUCACCAAACUUGUCACCAGAAACAGGGUGAGGACAUACCUGAUGGAAGGUUUCUUUUGCCACACACAUAACGCUGCCUGGCAUACACUUCACAACAUUAUUUGUGGCACAGCCACUAAGCUCGACCGUUACUUGGACGUCGUUCGCAACCGACUGGAUUGCAAUAUCACCAUAUUCCACGGAGAAGACGACCAAGUAAUCCCAGUCAAGUGUAGCUACGAUGUCCAAAGAAAAAUCCCUCGUGCUCGAGUUAAGGUUGCUGAAAAUAAAGACCACAUUACGAUUGUUGUCGGCAGACAAAAGACGUUUGCCAGGGAACUCGAGGAGAUUUGGAAUACAUCAUCAACAAGUAAUUAAAGACCCUUUAAUUAG